UGAGAAGAAAUAACGAAGCAAAGAUAGAUAAAAAAGACAGCUCAAGUCGUUAGAAGAGAAAUGCUCUGGUAGAAAGUAAACAGUAAUAUGUAUAUUUGUUUUUUUGUUUUUUUUUUAAGAUUUCUUGCCAGUCAUCAUACCGGACCCGUCGCCAGUAUAGUGUGAAACAAAACAAACUGCAGGGACCCGGGCGGGAUGGCGCGCAGGUUUGCGACCGGCCAAUGGGCGCUGCUAGCGCAGCGCUAUCGGGCAGCCCUGAGUUUCGCGCUCCUGUUGCUCGGUUACGCGUCGUACCUUCUCGCUGGCGCCGGCAUUUUCUCUGCGAUCGAGCUGCCCUACGAGCGCCGGCUGAGGCAGGAGCUGAAGUCGGCCCGGCAGGAGUUCCUAGCGGAGAACAGCUGCGUGUCCGAAGGGCGCCUGGAGGAGCUGCUGGCCCGGGCGCUGGAGGCCAGCAACUACGGAGUGUCGGUGCUCGGUAACGACACCGGCGCGGCGGAGGCCAACUGGGACUUCGUGUCCUCUUUGUUCUUCACCAGCACCGUGCUGACCACCACAGGUUAUGGCCACACUGUCCCUCUAUCAGAUGGUGGAAAGGCCUUUUGUGUCAUCUACGCCCUCUGUGGCAUCCCCAUCACCCUCCUCUUCCUCUCAGCCGUGGUGCAAAGAAUCAUGGCCCUGGUGACGCGGCGUCCGGUGUCUUACUUCCAUCGUCGAUGGGGCAUGUCCAGGUCUAAACUGGCUGCCAUCCACGCCACCUGUCUGUCUGCCAUAAUGACCCUGCUGCUCCUUAUCAUCCCAGCCUGGAUCUUUGUCAGCAUGGAGAAGGACUGGAGCUACCUGGAGUCACUCUACUUCUGUUUUAUCUCUCUGACAACCAUCGGCCUCGGGGACUACGUGCCCGGAGAGACCCACAGCAGGGAGGCCAACCCACACAGACAGCUCUACAGGUUUGCUAUUACACUCUACUUAAUGCUGGGCCUGGUGUGUGUACUGGUGGUGUUAGAGACAUGCUGUGAGCUUCCUCAGAUUAGAAGCCUCCGUCAGAUGUUCUACAGGGAGACCAUUAGGGACCUGGACUCCGAGACUACCACCAUCCUAGACAGUGAUCACAUGACCGAUCAGCUGAACGAUGCUGCUGAUGACCCAACAGACCGGCUACCCGUGAUCUCGUCUGUGUCCCAGCAGGCCGCCUCCAUCCAACAGGAGAGCAAGGCCUCCGUGUCGCCUCCUUACAGCCCAGCUCAGACCUCCUCUGCCAACGGCAACCUGACGUGACGGAGUCUGUUUCAUUUUAAUGCAGAGUGGUGGUGAUAUUUAAUAUAUGUUGUGUGCACAUAGAUGUAGGCCUGUACACUUUAAAGUUUGUUCCCCAAGGAGCUUCUGAGAAAAGAGCUAGCAACGGCUUUGGUCUGAAUAAGUAUAUGUGAGAGAGUGAGAGAGAGAGAAAGAGAGAGAGAGAGAGAGAGAGAGAGAGAGAGAGAGAGAGAGAGAGAGAGAGAGAGAGAGAGAGAGAG